AGAAUACCUCAUAUGAUGUAAUGCUUGUUUGAUGUUUCUUGUGUUGUUGUUGGUAUCUCUCUCUCUCUAUCUCUCUCUCUCUCUCUCUCUGCUGUGCCUUGCUCGAGCAUCGAACAGCCAUCGUGUUGCACUUUAAAGUGCCAUCACAGACCGGGCGAGCUACAUGAGCAAGGCGGUCGAUGUUGCGCGCAAUUUAUUUUUAAUACAUCUUCUUUAUUUGGUACUAAAAGAGCCUAGUUUGAAUAAUUCUGUUUCAAGUCUUUAUUAACAUCUACUUUUUGUUUUCCCCCAACAUUUAUUGUAACGCAAUAUAUAUCCAUAUUAUACUUUUCAACUGGAUUGAGAUAUAAUACCAGCAAUAUGUUAAAUUCCAAGAUGUAAUUUGCAUUAUUGAUAUUUAUAAAACUCAAAUGUUCAGUUUAUACUCAAAAUACAGUCCUCCAUAGAUCGGUAAGUCCUUCUCCCAUGUAAUCGUAGUGAAUGUUAUUUCUUUAGGGAUGACAGCUCGUUCAAAACGAAUUCAUUGCGGCUCUUCCAACUUCGUAGAUGAAACCUCAUGGUUUCAGCUGCCCUACGCUCACCGUUCACAUUCCGGUGCAGCGUUUCGCCACACGCUUUCAUGGUCCAGUCACAGGCUGUUUUAGUCGAGAUCAUGGCCUCUUUCAUUGUCUCUGGUUUAAUGCACGAGUUGAUCUACUUUGCCUCCAACUUGGGAGGACAUUUGUUUCCUUGUCUUUCUUGCACGGUGUUGCAAACACCACAUAUAGAUAGUGGUGAAGAUAAUAUACGUUGGAGACCACCGCACCGGCCUGUUUCGGGUCUAGCGUUUGGUAACGUGACGGGAGUUCAUGUCCAUGUCAGAGCAAUUAGUGAAUGUUUGUCGAUUAUUUACUUUGCCAAAGACAAGCUGUUCAUUUUUGCUUCAUGAUUUUUGUUUUGGGUAUAACCAAUACUUCUAGCAAAGCAACCAAACUUAGAAAUUAUCUUCAAUGUGUGAAAUGUAUUUAAAAAGCGUGAGACACGUUGUGUAGUUCACUCCUUGCAACUUCUUAAAAUCAUUAGCUUGAUUAUUAUUAUUUAAACAAAUUGAGAUAUUUUUCAUAACAUCCCAAAUAAAACUGACGCAACUUGACAAAUAUGAAACUUAUUUACAAUACAUGGAUUUUGACGUUUUUCAUGUUCUUGUAGAUAUUGUUUUAUAAGCUGCAUGCUGCGAACAAUUAGCAACUCACAGAACCAAGAAGAGAGUGAGAGAGAUAAACAGAGAGGAGAUGGAAGAAGAGUUGAGAAACUUAGUCAAGGUCUGUAUCUCUGUCUUAAUCUCCAUAUCUUACUGUUACUACAUCUCUUCAAAAAUUCCCAAAGGUUUUGUUCGUCUCCUUUCUCUUCUUCCCAUCUUUAUUAUCUUUCUUCUCAUCCCUCUCUUCUUUUCAUCCCUCCACUUCUGUGCCAUCUCAGCUUUUUUCCUUACAUGGCUAGCAAAUUUCAAGCUCCUUCUCUUUGCUUUUGAUCAAGAACCUUUAAGCCCACUUCCUUCAAGUUUCUCCCGUUUCCUAUGCUUCACUUGUUUCCCAAUCAAAACCUAUCAAAACCCUUCUUCAAACCGAAUAUACAACAAACCCAAAUGGGUUCUUGCUUCCAAAGUUGUACUCUUUUCCUUCUUAUUACAUCUCUACGGUAAAAAUUAUCAUAACAGUUUACCUCGAUUGGCUUUCUUGUCUAUCUUUACCAUCCAUGUCUACAUUGAGUUAGAAUUUAUCUUAGUCUUAGUGGGUGCUUUACUCUCUACACUUCUUGGUUGUGAAAUCGAACCGGUUUUUAAUGAGCCUUACUUGGCUACUUCUUUUCAAGACUUCUGGAGUCGUAGAUGGAACCGCAUGGUCCCAUCCGUUCUACGUCCAACUGUUCACAUCCCGGUUCAGCAAUUUACCGCGCGGUUAAUCGGUCAAAACGCGUCUUUUUACGCUGGAAUGCUGGCCACGUUUAUUGUCUCCGGGUUGAUGCAUGAGCUGGUUUACUUUUAUAUUAUCCGAAAGUCUCCAACUUGGGAAGUCACUUGUUUCUUUCUGUUGCAUGGAGUUGUAACUUGUCUGGAAAUAGCUGUAAAGAGGAUGCGGUUGUGUCCAUCGCCACAUCGAGUGGUCUCGCGCCUUGUUGUUGUGGCGUUUAUGUUCGUUACGUCUGUUUGGUUGUUUGCCCCUCAACUACUGAGAUAUGAUGUGCAUAAGAGACUGAUAAGUGAAUGUUUGUUUGUUAUUGACGUUGUCAAAGAAAGUUGUUUCGCAUCUUAAUGUAACGUUCAUAAUUUGAGGAAGCGUUUCUUGUUCUCCUUAUCGUUAAAAAUUUAGGCCACACUUGGGAUUUGGGAAGUAGAUAUAGGAUGAAGCCUGGAGCAAUGAACUUUGUCAUGCGUUACAAGUUUGGACUCCGAUAAGAUAAAGUUUUAUUAAAGUAUAUAUCAAGAAACUAAACCAUCUGGUUGUCUCGUAGGUUGAUAUAUAUAUGCCUCACCAUGGGAUUGGGAAUCAUGGUUUGAAUCAUAUUACAGAUGGUUUUCCAUAUAUUUCCCUAAGAAUCCCGCCCUAAAAAACUAUGGAUAAUGAUGCUCUAAAGAUGCAAUAACAGGUUUAGAAUGUCCAAAUCUACUUAACAAUGUGUGUAGCUACCAAAUCAAGUUUCCUAUUCAUAAAGUGCAUACAUCCGAUCAUUUUAAAUAUAUAUAUAUAUCCGAACCAAAACUAAGUCAAAAAAACAUUUGGUCACAGGUUCAGAUCAUCUUUUUUCUUUGAGUUUUUUUUUUUUGAAAAGCUAAGAGGUUCUCAACCUGACCCGUACAUUUUCCUAGGAUGAAAUUGAAACCAUUUUAAAUUCACAUUUCAGAGAGUAGAAACCUCUUAACGAAACUUGAACCUAUAAUCUUUUAGAUACCUACUAGAUAGUUUAAUAGUUUUAACCAUUAAGUCAAUUCAUAUAUAUAUAUCAACUGAUGCCUAAAACAGUGAAAAACAAACAAAAUAAU